GGGACGCGGUAGUGGCCAUCCGGAGUGCCAGGCCUGGGGUUCUCCGUGUCCUUCCCCAGGUCACGGACGAGGCGGCGACUGAACUUCUGGGCUCCGAGCCCGGGCGCGAGCGCGGGCGGCCGCCGUCCGUGCUGCGGGUUCGCGUCCCCGCUUUGCUGCCUACGCUUUGCUCGGCUCGCGGUCGCGCUGACUGGCCGGGACUGCGGGCCCCUGAGGAGGGGCGACCGUCGCGGCUGCUGGAGCAGAGGUGAGGCUGAGGCCCGCGGGAAGGCGACCGCGGCCAGGGAGGAAGAGGGAAGAUGGCGUCGGAGCUGGAGCCAGAGGUGCAGGCCCUCGACCACAGUUUGCUGGAAUGUUCUGCCGAGGAGAUCGCGGGGAAAUGGCUGCAAGCAACUGACCUCACUAGAGAGGUCUUCCAGCAUUUAGCCCACUGCGUGCCCAAAAUCUACUGCAGGGGUCCCAACCCUUUCCCCCAGAAAGAGGACAUGCUGGCACAGCACAUCUUGCUGGGGCCCAUGGAAUGGUACCUUUGUGCCGAAGACCCUGCGAUGGGAUUUCCAAAGCUCGAACAGGCAAACAAGCCUUCUCAUCUUUGUGGUCGUGUGUUUAAAGUUGGAGAGCCCACAUACUCUUGCAGAGACUGUGCAGUUGAUCCUACUUGUGUCUUAUGCAUGGAGUGCUUUUUGGGAAGUAUUCACAGAGACCAUCGAUAUAGG